UGUUUGGUCUAGUCAGCUAAUACUUCUAAUACAUGUUCACAAGACUCAAAAGUAAAGGCUAAUUAAGAAACAUUUGAGGGGAUUAACUUAUUCAAUAAUGGACAUGAACCAAUUUAAUAUGUAUCUGUUACAGGCCGGCCAUGUUGAAAAUUCAGACGAAAUUGACCGGCAAGUGCUCACUGUCCUUUAAGAGAGAAUCAAACAGAACAUAUCAAAUGAAACAUGCUGGAUAUUGUACAGUUUUGAGAGAUACAGGAAUCAGUAACUGAUGGCUAUGGCAAUUGAUCAAGAAAGUUCCCCUCAUCAUCUCACAGUUGUACUAUCUUCAAAGGAGAGAGAUUUUCUAAUGUGUCAAAAUGGAGAACAGGUAACAUUUAGCCGCUUAACAGGAAAGAUUGUGGGCUUGUAUUUCGCCGGUUUAUGGUGUGGUCCAUGUCGCAAGUUUACACCAAAGUUGGUGGAAGCUUACGAGAGUCUACAUCCUAAAGGUGACUUUGAGAUAGUGUUCAUUUCAUCUGAUAAAGAUGAUGAAUCGUUUAAUGAAUACUUUGGGCAAAUGCCAUGGCUUGCUGUUCCAUUUUUUGAUUGUGAGGCUAGAAAGAACUUAAAGCAGUUGUUCAAAGUAAGGGCAAUUCCACAUCUUGUGGUUCUUGAUCGAACAGGCAAAGUUUUGAGCAACGAUGUGGUUAAAUUUAUCAAAACCUUUGGUCCUGAAGCCUAUCCCUUUACAUCUGAAAGAAUUAAUUACUUGAGGCAGGAAGAAGAGAAGGCUAAAGAAAAUCAGUCUUUGAGGUCUCUUCUGGUCUAUGGAUCACGCGAUUUGUUGAUCACAAAUGAAGACAUCAAGGUUUCUGUGUCUGAGCUUGAAGGUAAAACAGUUUGCCUAUAUUUUGCAAUGAGUACUCAUAGAGGGUGCAAGAAUUUCACCUUGAAGUUAGCAGAGGUGUACGGAAAGAUUAAAGGAAAUAACUUUGAAAUUGUGCUGAUUUCUCUGGAUGAAAAAUAUGAGGAUUUUAAAGAAGGCUUUGCAGAAAUGCCCUGGUUGGCGUUACCGUUCAAAGACAAGAACUGUGAGAGACUUGUUCAGUACUUAGAGCAUAAACUCCUACCACAGCUUGUCGUAAUAAGUCCAGAUGGGAAGACGCUGCAGCAAAAUGCAGUUAAAUUUGUCGAAGAAUAUGGUGAUGAAGCGUUUCCUUUUACACAAGAAAAACUUGAUACUUUGGCUAAUCUAAAGAAGAAAAAACUAGAAGCACAAACAUUAGAGUCCAUUCUUGUAACAGCAGAUCGAGAUUUUGUCAUUUCAAAUGGCGGUUUAAAGGUUUCUGUAUGCAAACUAGUGGGGAACAACAUUGUACUGUAUUUUGCAGCAAGUUGGAGUCUCCCAAGUCGAGAAUUUCUACCCAAACUCGUAACUGCAUACCAAGAAAUCAAGAAGAACGAUGAAAAUUUUGAAGUGAUAUUCAUCUCUAGUGACCAAGAUGAACCUUCCUUUGAUAACUUCUUUUCAAGUAUGCCUUGGUUGGCACUUCCUUUCGACGAUGAAAGGAGGUCAUUUCUGUCACGCAGAUUCAAUAUUGUAGGCAUUCCGGUGGCCAUAGCAAUUAGUCCUAAUGGCUGCACUGUGAAUACACAAGUUAGGCAGCUAUUAGAAACACAUGGUGCAGGAUCCUAUCCCUUCACUGAAGAACACAUCAAGAAUCUACAGCAACACCUCAAAAAAAAUACAAUGGGUUGGCCCAAGAAAGGAGGAGAUGAAAUUCACGAUGAGCAUGAACUUGCACUAAUACAUCAGCAAGUGUAUCUUUGCUGUGGAUGCAAGGAGAUGGGGUACGGGUGGGCUUUCUUCUGCAAACGUUGUGAUUAUGGGCUCCAUCCAAAAUGUGCUCCAAAACAAGAAGAAAUAAACUGAAAACAAAUGUUUGAUGAAUAUCCAAGCUCCUUUUGUUAACAUAGAUCCACUUUAACCUUACACUUGACCUUUAGUUCAUCUUGUGAUUAAACAUCUGGCUCAUAUUCAAAAUAGUGAUAUGUGUAGUUUACAUUAUAUUUAUGUCUGAGCUUAUAUUAAGUAGAUGUUAGUUCCUUUUAAUUAUGCAUCAAUGUAUGGUGAAGUGGUUCUUCGGGUCGAUCACAAAUUGAAUUUUGAUAUUAUCACCUCAAAGAAGAGCUUUGUCCAA